UUUUCAAAAGUUUUUAGCCUAACGAGAGAGAGAGAGAUUUGCUUGUUUUCUUCAUCCUCUUAGAGACAAGUUCUUAAAAAUCCAAUCUUUCAGCUGUAGAAAGGAGGACAAACAGUAAUGGAAGUAGAUUCUUCCCGAGGAGUCACGCCGGAGCAGGAUCCGGCACCGGCGACGGAGCGAAAUGAACAUCAGAGUAGUGAAAGGAUUCGUGGCUCUGAUUUGAUGGUAACGGAGAGUGGGCGGUCGGGGAUACAUCAAGUCUUAGAUCAGAUUGAGCUAAUAGCUUCACCGGUUCUUCAGUUUACAGAGAAGUGGAGAGAGAUCCACGAGGAGUAUGCUAGCUUGCAAAGUCUGCUUAAGAAACGAGCCAUGGAACUAGAUCUGAAGCAAAAGGAGGUUGAUGAGAGGGAGAGGAAGGUUGAUUUGCUUGAAAAGUCUAUGGCUUUGAGAUUAGAGGAGAAAGAAAAGGAGAAUGAAGUGAAGCAGUUUCUGGUAUCAUCACUUCUCACGAGAUUGGACUGUGACGCAGCGAACGUGCUUGAAGAGAAGGGAAAAGAGAUUGAGCGGCUUUCAAAGCGUAACGAUGACAGGUCACGUGAGUUAGACAAGGCUGUGAAAGAGUUUGACUUGAAGCUUAAGCAGCUUGAAGCUAGGGAGAAGGAUAUUAUGUUACAUGAUGAAGCAAUCAAAGAGAAGGUGAAUGAACUGGAGAAGAAAGAGGAGAUCUUUGAAACUGAAAAGAAAGCAAAAGCUGAGGAGAUGGAACUGAAGAGACAAGAGAUGUUGGCUGAAAUGGAGAAGAAAGAGAAGAUCUUUGAAGUGGAACUGAAGGCAAAAACUGAAGAGAUGAAUGUUAAGGAGAAGCAACUUGAAGGAAGGGAGAAAAAGCUUGAGUUGAAGCAGAGAGAGCUAGAACAAGUCAUGGACAAGCUUAAAGAGAAAGAGAAGGAAACAGCCACGGCUUGUUUAGCUUCAGCUUCUGCAUCUUCUCAACAACAAAGAGACAAAGCGUUUGAAGAAGAGACUGAAGAGGAACCUGAGGAAAUGAAGAUUGAUGAUUCAGAGUUUCAUGACUUCAAGAAGACAAUGAGCUCUUUCGUGGUUGACAAAAUAUGGGCUCUUUAUGAUUCUCAAGACGAGAUGCCAAGGUUGUACGCUAAGAUCAAGAGAGUUAACAAGUCCCAGUUGAGUCUUAAACUGACAUGGCUUGAUCCUAAAGAGGACGAAUCAGUUCCGGUUGCUUGUGGGAGGUUCAGAUAUGGUAGAACAGAAACGGUGAGCUACUUGGCGUUUUCUCAUGAGGUAAAACCAAUCAUACUUGGCAGGAACAUCUCUGUGAACCCAAAAGAAGGUGAAACAUGGGCUGUUUUCAGAGAUUGGAGCAAUAAUCCAAUACAGCAGCACAAGCCUCCUUAUAGAUACGACUUGGUGGAAGUGGUGGGAGUCUUCAAGGAUAAUCAAGGCAUUGGAGUGACGUACCUAGGGAAGGUGGAAGGGUUUGUAUCCGUCUUCAAGCACGCUGUGCAGCAUGGAGUUUUUAAAGAGGUGAUCACACCAAAGAAAAUGCAGAGAUUCUCUCACAGGGUUCCAUCUGUUAGACUGAGUGGAGAAGAGAGAGAGGGAGUUCCUGCUGGUUCUUUUGAGCUCGACCCUGCUGCCGUCCCGAGGUACAUACUCCUUGGGGAGAAGGAACCUGAUGUAGUUCAAGUUGGCUCUGCAGAAGAUGAUGUCCCUCCAAUUAUCGUAGAUUGAAAGUUUGUGUGUUGAGGAGUCUGAUGUUUAAGUUCUUGCAAGUAGAAGUAGCUAUGAUUGUCAGGAAGUUGGCUUUUGUUGCAGGAGAGAUCCUUUUGAGUCUGGUGUUAGCUAAUUGUAAUAAGUUUUUGGCAAAACUCUGCGUCAAAGUAGUGGCAAACAAACAAGUAGAAACAACUCUUAAAGGUAUGAAAAUAGUAUGCUUUUGGUUACAGAUAAAUGAAUCUAG